CCUGGUUCAGUUGCGCUUUCCGCGGCGUGUGCAGCCACCUGCCCUCGACCCUAGCUCUCGCCGCGCCCCGGCCCCCGCCGCGCCCCAGCCGCAGCCAUGUCCAAGGAGCCGCGGGCCGGGCGGGACGAGAUCCUGGAGGGCCAGGUGAUGUGGGAGCCGGACAGCAAGAAGAUCACGCUGAUGGACCGCUUCCGGGCGGCCGUGGGCGCUGCCUGCGGCCUGGAGCUCGAGAACUACCACGACCUCUACCAGUGGUCGGUGGGGUCGUACGCGGACUUCUGGGCCGAGUUCUGGAAAUUCAGCGGGAUCGUGUCUUCGCGCAUGUACGACGAGGUCGUGGACACGUCCAAAGGGGUGGCGGACGUGCCCGAGUGGUUCCGGGGCAGCCGCCUGAACUACGCGGAGAACCUGCUGCGGCACGAGGACCAGGACAAGGCCGCGCUCUACGUGGCGAGGGAAGGCAAGGAGGAAAUCGGGAAGGUGACUUUCGAAGAGCUGCGGCAGAAAGUGGCUCUGUUUGCGGCGGCCAUGAGGAAGAUGGGCGUGAUAGCAGGAGACCGCGUCGUGGGCUACCUGCCCAACGGGGAGCACGCCGUGGAGGCCAUGCUGGCCGUGGCGAGCAUUGGCGCCAUCUGGAGCUCCACGUCGCCCGACUUUGGCGUGACUGGUGUCCUGGACCGGUUUUCCCAGAUCCAGCCGAAGCUCAUCUUCUCGGUGGAGGCCGUGGUGUACAGCGGCAAGGAGCACGCCCACCUGGACAAGCUGCAGCAGGUCGUGAGAGGGCUGCCAGACCUGGAAAAGGUGGUGGUGAUCCCUUACAUCGCCUCCAGAGAGAAGAUAGACAUUUCAAAGAUCCCAAACAGCGUGUUCCUGGAUGACUUCCUGGCCGCUGGGAAGGGGGACCAGGCGCCCCAGCUGGAGUUCGAGCAGCUGCCCUUCAGCCACCCGCUCUUCAUCGCGUUCUCCUCGGGCACGACUGGCGCGCCCAAGUGCAUGGUGCACUCGGCCGGGGGCACCCUCAUCCAGCACCUGAAGGAGCACCUCCUGCACGGGGACAUGACCAGCAGCGACACCAUCCUGUACUACACCACGGUCGGCUGGAUGAUGUGGAACUGGAUGGUGUCCGCGCUGGCCACCGGCGCGGCCGUGGUCCUGUAUGACGGCUCCCCGCUGCUGCCCACGCCCAACGUGCUCUGGGACCUGGUCGACAGGGUCGGCAUCACCGUCCUCGGGACGGGGGCCAAGUGGCUGGCGGUUCUGGAAGAGAGGAAGCUGAGGCCGGUGGACACCCACAGCCUGCAGACGCUGCGCACCGUGCUGUCCACCGGCUCCCCGCUGAGGGCCCAGAGCUACGAGUACGUGUACCGCUGCGUGAAGGGCAGCGUGCUCCUGGGCUCCAUCUCAGGCGGCACCGACAUCCUGUCCUGCUUCAUGGGCCAGAACCCCUGCCUCCCGGUGCACAAGGGCGAGAUCCAGGCCCGCAACCUGGCCAUGGCCGUGGAGGCGUGGGACGAGGAAGGAAAGGCCGUGUGGGGGGAGAGCGGCGAGCUGGUGUGCACCAAGCCACUCCCCUGCCAGCCCACGCACUUCUGGAACGACGAGAACGGCAGCAAGUACCGGAAGGCCUACUUCUCCAGGUUCCCGGGGGUCUGGGCGCACGGCGACUACUGCCAGAUCAACCCCAAGACCGGGGGCAUCAUCAUGCUGGGCCGGAGUGACGGCACGCUCAACCCCAACGGGGUGCGGUUCGGCAGCUCGGAGAUCUACAACAUCGUGGAAGCCUUCGAGGAGGUGGCGGACAGCCUCUGCGUCCCCCAGCACAGCAAGGACGGGGAGGAGAGGGUGGUCCUCUUCCUGAAGAUGGCCUCCGGCCACCGCUUCCGGCCCGAGCUGGUGAAGCGCAUCCGGGACGCCAUCCGCGCCGGCCUGUCCGCCCGGCACGUGCCCAGCCUCGUCCUGGAGACCCAGGGCAUCCCGUACACCCUCAACGGCAAGAAGGUGGAGGUGGCCGUGAAGCAGGUCAUCGCCGGGAAGGCUGUGGACCCCCGCGGGGCCUUCUCGAACCCCGAGACCCUGGACCUGUACCGGCACCUCCCGGAGCUGCAGGGCUUCUGACCGCGUCCCCCUGCUCCCGCGUGGGUGCCGCAGCGCCGGUGUGUGCGGGAGGGUCCUGGGACGCCCCAGUGCUCUCUGGGGGCUUGCCCCCUGCCCCCCUGCGCCUGUGGUCCGAGUGGGGGUGCCCGGUCUGCCGCACGCGGCACGCCGUCCUGACCUGGGGGCCGGCAGGGGGGGUGUGUGGGAGUGUGUGGGAGUGUGUGGGGGUGUGUGGGAGCACGACCUUGCACAUGUGCUCCGGUGUGCACGCCCAGGAGGACUGGCGGCAGACGCUCAGUCAUGUGUACGGCGUGGCCUGGCCCCUGGUGACAGACAGCACAGCCCCGAGGGGCCGUCUCGCCCUCGGCGCCCCCGCCCCCCCAUGGGCCCACUGUGCCCCGUGGAGGUGCAGAUCAGUCCUCCCUUCACUCUGGUCUCCGGCUCCGGCCGUCGUCCCUCAGGGCCCGUCCGUCCUCCCCUGCUCGUCACUUGUCUCCAGGGCGUGGUCCAGUGUGACUGCCCCCUCCUGCCCCCCGCCAUGCUCUGUGUGGUGACCAGACACAUGCCAUUCCUGGCGGAGCCGCGUCCGCCUGCCCGGCCGCACGGUGGGCGCUGCCCUCGGAGAGCCAGCGGGUCCCCUGCCGUGACGGGGGCUCCUCGCUGCGUGGACGUUGGCCGGUGAGAACCCUCCCCUGGGAGUCGUCUGGUGCAUGGGUGUUCGGAGGACUGGACGUCCACCUGUGGGCGGCCUCCCCGCCCCCCGGCGGCGGUCACCCUGGAUCCCAGGAGACGGACUUCUCUGCGCGAGGGCUCUGCACCUGGGGAAGGUGUUGCAGCGCCCGCUGGUCGCGUCACAGGGUUGACAGCCAGUUGGUUUGUACGUUCUCUUCAGUUCAGCGUAUUCCUGUAAUAUUCCUGUGAUCCUGAUGUUCGUUUUUAUAUUUUUUAAAAUGGAGCACAAUGAAAUCCUUUUUUGAAUCCCCUUUCUUCUGAUUAUAAAAAUUUAUGGGGCCUGG